AAAAAUGAGUGUUGUAAAAAAGACAGAUUGGAUACAUUGACUGAAUAUACAUCCUUAGACAAAUUGACACCUAUAUAGAAAUUUUACGAAGGUUAUUUUUAUAACCGGUGAAGCAGUUUUUAUGGGAAUAUUAUUGAUCAAAAAAUUAUUGAGAGAAUAUCCUGAUAUCAGCUGCCUUUACGUUUUGAUAUCCACAAGAAAAACUUUCAGUUUCGUCCACGUAUCAACGGCUUAUGCGAAUUGUCUUCAAAAUCCGAUUGAGGAGAAGUUUUAUGAUCCACCGAUGGAUGCCGACAAAUUCAUCGAUUUGAUGGAUUCUAUUGAUGAAAAAUUGCUCGAUGAUAUUACACCACAAUUACUCGGAAUAUGGCCGAAUACUUACGUUUACACGAAAUCAAUUGCUGAGAAUGUUGUAAAAAAGCAUGCUGACUUAAUACCAAUUGGAAUAUUUCGUCCAGGAAUCGUGAUACCCACGUAUCGAGAACCUAUUUGUGGAUGGAUCAAUAACAUGUACGGGCUAGUGGGAGUUACAGCAGGUGGUGCAAUGGGAUUAAUACGAACUAAUCAUUGCGAUGGAUCGAUGAAGGUGAGCGUAGUACCCGGAGAUCUGACGACUAAUGCGCUAAUCGUUAGUGCUUGGGACAUAGCAAAUAAUCGAAGAUCCAGCGAACAAAUACCCAUUUAUAAUUACGUGUCUAAGGAUAAUCCAAUCACUUUCGAGGAAUUGAAAGAUAUGUCGGCCAAGUAUAUGCUAUCAGUACCGACUAAUGAAGCAAUUUGGUAUUAUAGCUUUAGGAAUACAAAAUAUCGGCCAAUUCAUCUUUUCUACACGUGUUUUUUGCAUUUAUUACCAGCUUUUAUAAUCGAUAUGAUCGCAUUGUGUAUGAUUAAACAACCAAGGUUACUGAAAAUAUAUAACAAAAUUUACAAAACGUCCAACAUACUUUGUUAUUUUACUACUACCGAAUGGGACUUUACUAAUAAAAGAUGGAACGAACUGACAAGAAAGUUAACGACAGAAGAUCGCGAAUUGUUUUUCUGUGAUAUGAAAGACCUUGUUUGGGAUAGUUAUUUUCAAACAUAUUUCUUAGGGAUAAGAAUAUUCAUCUUAAAGGAUCCCAUUUUAACGCUUCCAGAAGCUCAUAUAAAAUGGCGAAGGCUGUACUGGAUGCAUCAAGCAUUGAAACUUAUUAUCGCCUGUGUAUUUCUUAUAAUCACGAGGGCUAUGUUUUGCAGACUCUUGUAACGUUCGUCUGUGCAUAAAAGAUACAAGAUAAUCAACGCGUGGCGUUGAGGAAGUUAAUAUUACAAUUUUGGAGAAUCUUUUUCAAAAAGUUCCGAUAGAUGUUUUGGUUUAACUUUAUGAUUUUUCAUUAUUUAUUAAACAACGCAUUACUUUUAGGAAAUUUAUGACU